UCUCCUUUGGGGGCGUUGUCCGGCCUUUGGGCGCACGGGCCGCGGCCUGGGAUGGCUUUGGGAUGCGACCGGCGGGGGGAUGAACGUGUCUAGUCGAAUUCAGUAGCCGCAUCAUCUCCACUUGACUACCAUUGAUACACGCAUCAACAAAGCGACAUGACUGAUGAAUGGGGACCUUUGAUCCAGCUGGUCCAGUUGCCAAGGACGAGAAGAGAGACUUUAGCACAAGCAAGCAAGCAAGCACGCACGCAAGCACGCAAGAAAGACGACGACCACCAUGGAGCACUGAUAGCCAUGUACAUGGAUAGUACCGUGGCGUGGCACGGCGUGGCCUACUUUGGCUCUUGAUCGCCAAUAGUACCCUUCGCCGCCCCUCGCUCCAAGUGGCAUGGCAUCACGACAAUCAACCGUAGUUGGAGAUGCUAGAAGCAAGCUAGAAUGGAUGUGUAUCGUGGCCUCAGCCGGCCGCAACCACGUCCAAGAGCGCCGUGUCCGUCUGAC